UCUCCCCUCCCCCACCUCCCCCCUCCUCCAGAACCACAUCCUCCGCUGACUUCUUCAGUGCAGCAUUUGCUUCGUUCGAUCGACGUCGUCUUCUUUUCUGGGCCCUCCGACUUGGGCCGGGUUUUGCAGCCACAGCUGGUCCAGAUGCUGCCACCGGCUGUGCAUUUGAAUGAUCAUGCUGCACAUCUUCCAUCAUCACCUGCACACACGACUGAGUACCUAUAGUAUACGUACACACGGAACGGGCUGUGACGUCACGAUGCUCGAAUUUUACGGGCUCAGGUAAACAAAAAUUCGGUCGUAUAUGAUGCCGCGAAAUUGCCGCCAAACCGGCGAAUGCAGCUGAGAGCGUCCCUCUUUCUCCUUGCACGUCGGUUCACAGCUCGCUAAACGGGCCCCGGUAGUCUCGAAAUCGUUCCACGACCACCCGACUGUUUCUCCCCUGCCUCCCGGUUUCACGCACGCCAUGCAAACGUCGCGUUAUCCGGGAGUUUACUAGAACGUCCACCUGUCGUGUCUCACGUGAUGCCAAACUCCGUCAUUAUUUUUUUCACCAACCACUUUCCCAAUUGCAUGGUAUGAGCCAGAGAGCGGCUGAAAUGGUGCAGUACCUGGCCAGACAGAGGCCCAGGAAGCUGUUCAAUGUACUCAACAAGUUGGAGGGUCAUGGGGUGGGUAGGAAGGUGACCAGGACCAUUUGGAGACAGGAAGAGGCGGGGCCAGACCCAGUGGCACCUUGUUACUGGACAAUCACUAGGGUCAAACCUGAUCAGAGUCUGAGGAAAGGCGAUGUGUGGGGGGUGCUCACGUGGAGAGGUAACAGCAAGGUACAAGAGAAGAAAAUCAGAAGUUACCUGAAAGAACAGUGGAAAUUAUUGCCAAAAGAUUUAUAGUGUUCACAUGUCACUGUAUAAUCA